AUGCCGGUCACCGCGUGCGGAGAUCACACGGCAACGCCGGCGGAAUGCGGAGACCAGACCAGCGAUAACUCUGCACCAGAGUCCACCGUGAACAAAGGCGCCGCCACCGCCGCCGCCACCGCCGUAGCCACCGCCGCCACCGCCACCACCGUAGCCACCGCCGCCGUCCCGGAUCCGGAUGCCCAUCACCACGCCGCUAACCACAUCCCUGUGGUGCCAGUCCCGGCCGGGCGGCUCCACACCCUGACGGUGGGGCCGGCGCCGCACAGCGACGUGGUGCUGCACACGUGCACGUGCGCGGAGCGGCCGGGCGGCGCCGCCGUGGAGGAGACGCAGCCGAUGACCUCCAAGACACAAAAGUGUCGGUGGCAGCAGCAGCAGCAGCAGCAGCUGGGCCGGCGCGCGGAACGGACGCUCGGCGGACUGGACGGCCCGCAGCCCGAGAAGCCGCCCGCCAGCGCCAGCAAGCGCGAGCAAGCGUCGCAAACUCUGCAGCAGCAGCAGCAGCAGCAGAGCGCGAAGAGAAGCAAGAAGCUAGGGCAGUGGGAGCAGCUGAAGGCCGGCGCGCUGGCGAGGCUGGAGUGGCUGUGCUUGCAGCUGUACCCCAAGCGCGCCCGCGCCACCCACGGCACGGGCGGCGACGGCGCGCGGCAACCGCUGCCGCAGCGGGGCGAAGGGGAGGACGACGAGGGGGCGGCCGGGCCGGUACGGCAGGAGGACACCGUGGUGUAGGCAGGCGGGCGGGACGCGGAAACCGGCGUGCCGUGGGACGCCGCGAGCUCGGCGGGCGGCAGCGGCCGCCGCCGAUACGGCGCAGGGAAUCGGCUCGGACCGGUGCAACGCUCCGGUUGCCGGGUCGUCGACGGUACCGCCGGCGACGCAGCGCGGCCGAGGCCGGUUCCCCGUGGAUUCACGCACGGUCAGACUGGUGGCGGCACCACUGGAUGGGGGAUUUUCUACUGCGAGAAAAAAAAAAACUUUCAAUGGUGGAAAAUAAAACGAUCUCCGCUCGGAGAGCCGGGCGUUAAAUGGCAAUCGCGCGUCACGGGGACGCGCGGCGAUAUUACAAGGCGCUGUUAGAUUUACGUCGAUACCAUUGUCGUCAUCGUCAAGUUUGAAAAUGCAAAAUAAAUUAUUCAUUGCGAAGGGGUGCUGCUGUUGUUGUUGUUGCUCUAAAAAACCGGUCCAUGUUCGAUGUUCGGUCGCCGCGUCGACGGCAUUUGUCGCGAUUUCUCACUCAACGGAGCGGCGCCGCGCGGAGGCUGCCGCCAUCUUCCACUGCUUUGACCACCCGCGCGCGAAAUUGCAGUCGUUGCUCCGCAUGGACAUCA